AUGAUGUUUUGUCCUGCUUGUGGAAAUCACCUUUUAAUUGGGACUUCAUUUACAGGAUUUAAUAGAUUUGAAUGUAGAACAUGUCCUUAUGAGUUUCCUAUAAACAGAUAUUUAUGUUCAAAAAGAAUUAUGAAACAAAAAGAAGUAGAUGAUGUUCUUGGUGGUGAAGGUGCAUGGGACAAUGUUGAUAAAACAGAAGCACAAUGUCCUGUUAUGGAUUGUGGAAAUUUAAGGGCUUAUUUUUUUCAAAUUCAAAUUCGAUCUGCCGAUGAGCCUAUGACUACAUUUUAUAAGUGUACAAAAUGCGGACAUAGAUGGAGAGAAGGCUAA